UUAUCAAUCUGCACUUGUCGGAUAUAUCGAUAUCUAACGCUUAUCUCCCCAGACACCCAUCUCCUUCGCGGUAUAUCAAGCAAUUGAGCCCGUAGUCUCCCUCCUCGACGCCCAAAAGAACAUGCUGCUCUCGACCUCCUCUUCCUCAGCCUCAGGCAGCCCGCGGAUCCCCUUCACGCCCGUUUCCGCAGACAUGUCAGACCUAUCGCUGAUGCAAAAUUUUUCCGGCGCGACAGCUCCUCAGCAAAAGCUGCCUCAUGUCCGGACGAGCUCGGUGUCGUUGUCGGGUCAGUCGGAGUCUAGGAGCCUGCCGAUGUCGCCUGCUACUACUGGCCAGAGCCAGCUGCAGACCCCGACGUCGCCGUAUGACCAGCUUCAGGCUCAGAGUAUGGCUGGUCUGCAAGGGCAUAACGGAGCUGUGUUUUUGUCGCCUCAGUACUCGCAGCGUCUACAGCAGCCAAGGAAUCAGCUCUUCCAGCAGAUGCAACAGCAGCAGCAGCAAAGACAGCAGCAGCAGCAACAUUACCAACAGCAGCAGCAGCAGCAGCAGCAGCAGCAGCAACAACAACAGCAACAGCAGUUUCAGCAGCAGUUCCAGCAUCCAAUGCAACAGCAAUCCGACAUGCAAUCGCAGCAAGAGUUCCGCUCGCACGACCAGUCCAGCGAAUACUCUGACCAGCUGAUGUACCAAUCCGACACAGACGCGCAGAUGCGGAUGUCAAUCACGCGGCCGGGGGAGUUGGGCGAGGCGGUGCAGUUCCAGGGCGAGGACAGCAACGGUGUCAAGAAGCGGCGGUUGGAACAUCAGGUGCAGUACUAUAGCGACGAGGCUGCGCUGGGGGGUGACGAGUCUGAGGAGAUGCAGCAGUAUGGUCAACCGCACAUCAAGCAGGAGUCGUUCACAAUGCGCCAAGGAAUGCGUCCGGAGUAUAGUCUGGGAGACGCGUUUUCGCCGCAGACGCGGACACAGCAGCAGCAGCAGCACGAGGAGCAGCAAGCGCAGCAGCAGAACAUGUACACAACCUCGCAGCCCCAGGCCACGCAAGUGAUGCAGGAGUUCAUGACGAUAUACAAGCAGCUGAUGGAAGACCAGCGGCUGCGCGACGAAAAGAUCCUGGGGAUCUUGAAUUCCAUUUCCAUCAUGACCAACACCAUUUGCCAGGUCGUCCGACAAAAGCGCGGGCACGACUCGAUUAUGGAGUAGUCUCUCUUCAUUAUUGCAUUUUUCUCUCUUCAUCAGCAUCUCAAAAAAAGGUUUUCAUUGUUUUUUACGCAUUUCUACCACUGUGAUCUUUGCUUUGUCUGUUUUUAAGUUCUGUUUCAUUUUAUCAUGCGCACAUCAUUUGCACAAGGGGAUUUCCAAAAGAAAAAAAGAAAAGAUGAUGGUAAUGGCAGGUUCGGGCAGGAACUAACGAGCAUUUAUAGAAUGACAUUUCAGAUUUUUCAUUCAGUUU